AUGCAGGACGCUGUACGACUCGCGAAUAUGGACGACGGAGGCAAGACGAUGGAUCAUUCGGCGGCAAUUGGCAUGCGUCUGAGUCUUGGGGGCAACAAGACGCUGACGAUUGGCGAGAAGGACCUUGUACUAUUCGAUACCGACGGCAGCAAACACAUUUCGUCAUCCGGCGGCAAACCGUCUGCCGGCAGGCAGCUCAUCGAAGACAUCUGCUGCCUCAACUGCUUCCCGAGCCGGAGCUCAGAGGGCAAGGGGAAGCACACGAUCCCUCUAUACAACGUUUUAUGGGCUGAGCUGCGCGGCAAUGCUCUGGUUAUCGAGUACGCCGCGCCUCGCAAGUCGUCGCUGAAGCUGCAAUGCUGGUCGUUUAACAUCCCGAGCUCUGAAGUUGAAGCCGACGGCCCGUCGCCUGAGCUGUUUGCAUCGGCGCUCAUCGCAGCCGCGUAUGGCGACGCGAAGCCGCGGAAACGAGCCUAUGUGCUCAUCAAUCCCAACUCGGGCCCUGGAGGAGCGCUGAAUAAGUGGAAUAAGUUUGUCAAGCCGCUGUUUGAAGCUUCGAAGAUGGAGCUGGAGGUGGUGACUCUGACGAGGGGCGGAGAGGCGACGGAGCUUUCGGAAAAGGCAGACAUCGAAAAAUACGACACUAUCAUGGCCUUAUCGGGCGAUGGAACUCCGUUCGAAAUCUUCAAUGGGCUCGGCCGACGGCCUGAUGCUGCGAGGGCGUUGGCCAAGAUUGCCGUUAGCCAUAUUCCUUGCGGAUCUGGAAAUGCGUUCUCGUUGAAUACCAAUGGAAGCAAUGAUGUUGGAAUAUCAGCCUUGGCGGUCAUCAAGGGCGUGGUCAUGCCUUUGGAUCUCGUGUCCAUCACCCAAGGCGAAAAGCGCACCCUUUCGUUCCUGUCGCAGUCUCUGGGAAUCAUCGCCGAGAGCGAUCUGGCGACGGAAAAUCUUCGAUGGAUGGGCAGUAAGCGUUUCGAGGUUGGCCUGGUGACGCGUGUUUUGAAGAAGAAGUGCUACCCCUUCGAUUUGUCGGUCAAGUCGGAGAUUGAAGGCAAAGAGAUGAUCAAACAGCACUACAAGAAAUAUGCUGUUGAUCCUAGUCUCUUGAGCGUGGAUGCUGAAGCAGAGGCGGGCGCAGAGGGCUUGCCUGAGCUCAAGUACGGGAAUGUCCGAGAUGAGAUUCCUGCAGACUGGGAGACUGCUUCAUAUGAUAAUAUUGGAACAUUUUAUGUUGGAAACAUGGCUUACAUGUCGUCCGACGCCAACUUCUUCCCUGCUGCUGUGCCUACUGACGGCUUCAUGGACAUGGUCCUGAUCAGAGCGGAUAUUUCGCCAAUGGCCGUCACCCAAGCGUUGCUUGCCGUCGAGUCUGGCAAAUUCUUUGACAAUCGCAACGUGACGUACAAGAAAAUCUCGGCAUACCGCAUCACGCCGCGGAACCAAGACGACGGCUACAUCAGCAUUGACGGAGAGCGCAUCCCGUUCGAGGCGUUCCAGGCCGAGAUCCACCGCGGCCUCGGGCGCGUCAUCUCGAAGAGGGGAGUGUAUGAGGCCGCGGGCCCCGCCGGAUGGGAGAAGGCAUAG